AUGUAUCGUCUCAUUGCAGCUGCUAUCCUGCUCAUCCUGCCAGCCUACGCGAGGGAUAUCGUCUUCCCUCCUGUGGCUGCCAUCCAUAAUAAUCCCUCCUCCCACCAAUAUCCUCUCGCUCAUGAAGACACCAUUGACAUCGUCACCGGUAGCCAAUUUUCAGGUCUGACUACUUUCGCCAACCUGCCUUACCUCAAUUGCUUCGUGGACGAUGAAUCAACUUUAAACAACUAUGACAUUGCCUUCCUCGGCGCUCCCUUUGACACGGGUGUCACGGCUCGCCCCGGGGCUCGAUUCGGACCCAAGGGUAUUCGACUCGGCUCCCGUCGUCUAGGCGGAUGGAGCAUCUACACGGGAGAAAACGCCUUUGCCAGCUGGGCAAAGCUUGUUGACUGCGGCGACGCCCCAUUGACCUGGUUGGAUAAUACCGUGGCAUUGAAGCAGCUUGAUAUGGCACACAAGGCAUGCAAGCUACUACCUCAGAGGAUACAGGUCGUCUCGUCUCGUCGUGCCAAUACCACGCAUUUCAGCCAAAUUCCCCGUAUCAUCACCCUAGGUGGAGAUCACACCACGACUUUGUCUGCUCUGCGGUCGACGUACGAGAAAUGGGGCCCUGUUUCAGUGAUUCACUUUGACAGUCAUAUUGGUGGAGGAGUCUCUCACUACGCAGGCGUCAACCACGGCACAUUCCUCCACCUCGCCCACGAAGAGGGCCUAAUCCGAAACACCUCCAUCCACGUCGGAAUCCGUGCCCCCGUAGUCCGACCAAAAGGCGACAUCCGAAACGACCUCCGCUGCGGCUUUGAGAUCAUCACCGCCCGUGACCUCGACCGACUCGGCGUCUCCGGCCUCGUAGAGCAAAUCAAAUCCCGCGUCGGGGAUAGCAGAGUCUAUAUCUCGGUUGAUAUUGAUGUGCUGGACCCGGCUUAUGCACCAGCAACCGGCACUGCAGAGCCAGGUGGAUUUACUACGCGUGAACUCCUGACCAUUCUUGACGCGCUGCGUGGGAUGCCUGUUAUCGGGGCGGACGUGGUGGAGGUCGCCCCGAUUUAUGACACAGCCGGGGAGACGACCACGCUUGCGGCGGCGGAGGUGGCCCAUUCGUUGCUGGCGCUGAUGGUUGCGCAGCCGGUUAGGAGUGAUGAGUAA